AUGGUGACUUUAGAGAGCGAAUUCGUGACGGUCCGUCAGACUCCGUUAGAGGCGUCUAACGGUAGUGAAACAGUGACGGAGCGGGAAACUGCAGUUCCUAGCGUGAACGAGGAUGCUGGGAGUCGCGUUGCUGUUGGAACGGAAACAAGCUCCACUGCUCACCAUACUGCUUACACCAGCAGUUCAGAUGACACGGAAUUAAGCUCCACUGCUCAUAAUACUGCUGACAGCGGCAGUUCAGAAGUCAUGGAAACAAGCUCCACUGCUGCUCACAGCAAUGGUGCUGACAGCAGCGGUUCUGGUGUCACGGGAACAAGCUCCAGUUCUGACAGGAGAGGUUCUGAUGUCGCUGAAGUGAGCAACGCGAGCGGCGGGAGACUCAGACCGUCGUUCAGACUCGUUGCCCUGGCAGAGGGUGGGACCAUGUCACAACUUCAAACGCUCUGCCUGGCGCCAGCUGUCGCCACCGUAUUGACCAGGAGAUUUCAGUCAGCAGGGGUGACGGAGACCUCCAGAGACAGUGGAAGCUACGUCAGCUUUGUCAGCUCCGUCAAGUCUGCUGGUGACUUGCCUGGUAACUCUGUUAACGUCCAAGACAGAGAGGCAGGCACUGUCGUGUCUCUGCUGCUUCCCAAUGCACCGUUGAGCCUUGAUUCUUCAUCUCUGUCAUCUGAAGAGGUCUGCAUGGCACGGCGGCUGGAGGCGGCCUGCCUGGGCGCUGUACAGCCGUCAGCAAGCGUGGCGGCCAUCAUGCGCGCCCACCCCCCCUCUGCCCUCUCUAGGCUGCCCCACUCCACCACUGUGUACCUCGAGGCCAAUGAGGAGCUGCCACCUGGCAGCUGUCCAGGCUGUCCAGAUGAUCCUCUUCUGAACUGUACGCUGCGCACGCUGGCUUGGCAGUAUCUGGGGGAGGUGGCACCUGAUGGGGAAGCACGUGCAGAAGAAGCAGCCGCAACAGCAGCAGAAGCAGCAGGAGAAGCAGCAGGAGGAACAGCAGGAGACAAAGAACGAUUAGGGCAAGCAGCAGGGGAGGGGAGGCGGGUGCAUUUCACAGUGAGUGCGUUCUGGGCGGCAGAUGCAGCUGCUGUGGCACGCACCUUCCACCCCCUCCGCGCCCCCCUGCUGCUAGAUGUAACCCUUGCCCGCCUGCGCGCCUGCCCCUCCCCUGAUGGCGGCGCUGGGGGGAUAGGGGGGGAGGCGCGGGGGAAGGAGAGGGGGCGGGGGAAGGAGAGGGGGCGGGGGAAGGAUGGGGAGGGGGACAGGGAUGGGAGCGGGGAAGGGAAGGGGGAGGAGGGAGAACCGGGGGGUGGAGAUGGGGAGGGCGAGAUGGGUGGAGCGGGAGAAGGAGGGGAAGGGGAGGAAGGAGGGGAAGCGGAGGGAGAGCUGGUGAAUCGGAGUAAGAAGCAGCAGGGAAGGAGGAGGUUGUUAUCAGCAAAGGAGACGAGGGAGAAGAAAGGCAGCAAGGGAUUGAAGGCCAAAGAUUGGCAGGGCAUGGCUUUGAAAUCGGGCAUCAGCAGCAGCAACGGCAGCAGCAGCAGGAGCGAGGGGGCUCAUUCAGCAGGCGGCAGCAGCAGCAAGAGCGGCGGGUUCAACGCGACGCUGUGCGCGCAGCUGCAGGUGGCGGAGGCGUGGGUGGUGUCGGCAGCAGCGGCGCUCAUCCACACCCGCGCGUCCCUCGAGGCCCGCUUCCUCACAGCCCAGGCCACCGCCGGCACUGCCAGGCGGAUCAUGGGGCUGGGGGGAGCAGGGGGUGCAGGGGGGGCAGGGGGGGCAGGGGGGGCAGAGGGAGCAGGGGGAGCAGGUGCAGCAAGUGGCAGUGAAGAAGCUGAGGGUGCUGCAGAGGGAGGGCCGUUCUUGGUGCGGCAAGUGCCAUUCUCUGUGGCGCCGACUGUCUGUGAGGCUCCCAAGGCUGAGUCGUUCAGUCAGCAGCGGUUCCUGCGGCAGUUCAUAGUGGACGAGGAUCUCAAGACCAUCUAUUGCUUCGUGCCUAAAGUCGCCUGCACGGGAUGGAAAACCUGGUUCCGGGAGCAGCAGGGGCAACCCAACGUGUCAGACGUGUUCCUCACCCACGACAAGGCGCGCUCAGGCCUGCGCAUCCUCGCCUACCACUUCCCAGAGCACCGGGCUAUUGAGCUGCUCACCCGCCCGGACUUGUUCAAGUUCUCGUUCGUUCGGAAUCCGUACACCCGGCUGGCGUCGGUUUAUCUGAACAAACACGUGGGGGGCGGGCCGCCGUAUUCAAGACAAUUCUGGAACAGGAUGUUUUUCCGCAAGUUCAUUCCCUUCCGGCGGCUAGUGAAGGCGAAGAAAGGAAACGACCUGUUCACAUUCGGGGAAUUCGCAUGGCUGCUGAGACAAAUGAGGGAGCAGCGCCGCGGACGCAUGGAGUCGCACGUACAGCCGCAGAUCGACGCCUGCCGGUUCGACAAGAUCCGAUUUGAUUUCAUCGGGCGGUUCGAGAAUCUAGCGGAGGAUGUGGGAGUGGUGCUGUGGAGGCUGAACCGCACUAUAGGGGCGUCGGGAGCGUUCAAGAUCUCCAAGGAUGCGCAUCCGACCAAUGCUGGCAGCAAGCUACUGGAGCUGUAUGAUGAGCAAUCUUAUAAGGAGGGCUCAUUGCUGUAUGCAAUGGACAUGGACAUUCCCUUGAAUGGAAUACACUUUGAGCCUCCUCCGGAAUUGUUGGAUAAGUUCGGCAAACUAAAUGUUACAUCCAUGUCAGGUGCAACCUAG